AUGGCAUCAAAACAUAGUCGUCUGGAAUUCAAGAUCAUCUGUCACUGUAGUAAAGAAGAGUGUCAUCUCAGACCAGUCAUCCAUGUCCUCAAACACGCCGGUUGUGUCCCCAAACCUAUUCCAUCGUUUGCUUGUUAUGGUACCUGUUCCUCAUAUGUCCAGGUGUCGGGGUCCAAGUUUUGGCAGGUGGAGCGCUCCUGUAUGUGCUGUCAAGAGAUGGGCGAAAGGGAGGCAUCCAUUGCCAUAUUCUGUCCAAAACAAAUCCCACGAUUCCGUAAAAUCCAGACGCGAGCCCCAGUGGAGUGUAUGUGUCGGCCCUGUACUGGGAUUGACGAGAAUGCGGUCCAACCCCAAGAAAUCAUCAAUUUGACACCAAAACAACAGCAAAUUGACUAUGAUGACACACCGACAUGGUGGGCUAUCGCUAACAUAGUCCCACAUCACUCGAUACCUGUGCACUACGAGGGAAAGGGAUUGGAAGACAAAAAAGAAGGACAAUAUGAUAAAGACAGCCAAACCCGUGGGUUCAACAUUGAGACACCGCUUUCGGAUGUGACUAAACCUUCCCAGAGAUCUCUUUCUAUUGCUGUUAAAUGCCAUUCUUUGAACUCAUACUGA